UGCUCCGCGCCCUCCUAUCGCUGCCACCGCCUCCACUGGGCUGAGGAGCGGGGAGUCCGCGGCGCUGGCUUGGGGCUGCGGGAUGGGGAGUUAGCGGCACGGCGGCGGCAGUGGCCGCAGCGCAACCGGCCGCCGCCCCCGGGUCUGUCCCGCCCCGGAGCCAGGCCCGCGGGCGGCGGCGACGGAGGAGCUGGGCAGGUGGAUGCGGCUGGAAGAUGGCGCCCUCGGGCCCGGGCAGCGUCAGGCGGCGGUGCCGGCGGGUGCUGUACUGGAUCCCGGUGGUGUUCAUCAGCCUUCUGCUUGGCUGGUCCUACUACGCCUACGCCAUCCAGCUGUGCAUAGUGUCCAUGGAAAACGUUGGAGAACAAGUUGUGUGCCUGAUUGCUUAUCAUCUACUUUUUGCAAUGUUCGUCUGGUCAUACUGGAAAACUAUCUUUACAUUACCAAUGAAUCCUUCAAAAGAAUUCCAUCUCUCUUAUGCAGAGAAAGAAUUGCUGGAGAGAGAGCCAAGAGGAGAAGCCCAUCAGGAAGUUCUUAGGCGAGCAGCUAAAGAUCUUCCCAUCUAUACCAGGACCAUGUCUGGAGCAAUCCGAUAUUGUGACAGAUGCCAACUCAUAAAACCAGACCGCUGCCAUCACUGUUCCGUCUGUGAUAAAUGUAUUUUGAAGAUGGAUCAUCAUUGCCCAUGGGUGAACAAUUGUGUUGGAUUUUCAAAUUAUAAAUUUUUCCUCCUUUUCUUGGCUUAUUCUCUGCUGUAUUGCCUUUUUAUUGCUGCUACGGAUUUACAGUAUUUUAUCAAAUUUUGGACAAAUGGCCUACCCGAUACUCAAGCCAAGUUCCAUAUUAUGUUUUUAUUCUUUGCUGCAGCUAUGUUUUCUGUCAGCUUGUCCUCUCUGUUUGGCUAUCAUUGUUGGCUAGUCAGCAAAAAUAAAUCUACAUUAGAGGCGUUUAGAAGUCCUGUAUUUCGACAUGGAACAGAUAAGAAUGGAUUCAGCUUGGGUUUCAGUAAAAACAUGCGACAAGUUUUUGGUGAUGAAAAGAAGUACUGGUUGCUACCCAUUUUUUCAAGUCUAGGUGAUGGCUGCUCCUUUCCAACUUGCCUUGUUAAUCAGGAUCCUGAACAAGCAUCUACUCCUGCAGGAUUGAAUUCAACAUCGAAAAAUCCUGAAAACCAUCAGUUUCCUGCAAAGCCAUUGCGAGAGUCCCAGAGCCAUCUUCUCACUGAUUCUCCAUCUUGGACAGAGAGCGGCACAAACCCGGGGAAAGGCAAAGCUGGUAUGAGCAAUCCUGCAUUAACCAUGGAGAAUGAGACUUAACUCUUCAAACAAAAUAAAUUCAUACUUUAUGAAAGUAUCAAUGCUGUAGGUGGAUGGAAGAGGCUUCCCACAGGAAGGCACCAUUAGCCUGUUGUUCCCAUUUCCCUUUGGCUGGCUAUGCAGAAUAUGAAUUGGUUAGUUCUCUCCAAGCCGUUGCUUAAAACAUAACACCUUUUUAAAUCCAAUAUACAGAUUGUUUCAACUAACACGAAUUCUUGUUAAAUAUUAGAAGUAAUUAAAGUUUAUGCAUCAAGGGCAAAAAUAUCUUCUAUCAUAAAAACUUGGAAUAAAUUCAUGGGCUAAUUUUCAACCAAAUAUUUGGGUAGUACAGUGUAUACACAUAAAAAGCCCAUUAAUCAUCUGAUUUUCUGAUUCAGAAAAUUGAGCCUAUUAAGAUACUGAAAUUUAAAAGAUUUCAAAUUACAGUAUAAUGACAGCUUUAUUAGUUACCUGUGAGGUGGAGGUAGCAUAUCAGUCUUGUUCCUUCCCUCUGUUGUGAAUCCAGCCCCAGACUGAGUGAGCUAUAAUGACUAUGAAUUCAUUGCAAAUUUUAAGUGGCCUUGAAGAUUACCACCAUUUUUGCCAGACUUUAAUUCUAGCCUUUGUUCACUGCUGGAAAAGAAGUAUGAUCAUUGAAGCCUGAGCUCACUAAUAAGCAACUAGCUAGCCAAUAUUUGUCACAACUAAUACAUUACUAUUACAUCCAAAUUUUUGUCACAACUAAUACACUACUAUUACACCCAAAAUUUAUUUUUCAUCUCGUCUGACCUUCUUAAAUUGGGGGAAAAUCUAUAAAAACAAUUACGAGAUUGGUUUAUGAUGUUCUUUUGCCAGUCUUUUUAAAAAAAAAAAAUCUCAAUUUUUUUAGGUUAUUUGUUCUCUUGAACAUUGCAAAAAUAUUGAAUUUUUAAGAAUUCUUAAUGGGCCACUAGAUUAAUCCUCCAUUGAUAUCUAUAUUAUUUGUGUCCCCUCAUCAAAAGUAUGACAACUAAACUUUAUAGUUCUUCAAAUACUUAAGAUUAAAUUAUGCAAAUCAUUAAAAGAAAUCAUAUACUUUUAGAAAUUUAGUUCAAUAUGAACUAAAUGGUGUGCUGUUUGGAAAUUGAGUUUAAGGUAAACAAACUAAAGUGGCGUGUUUGUUGAUGCCAAAAUGUUCGGCUUCAGUAAAUAUACUAGGAAGCUCUCGUGCCUUGUAUGCACCAUUUGAAAAAGUUUUAUUCGUUUUUUUGAGUGGAGUGUAAGUUUUGUAAAUGUUAGAGAUUAGAAUAAGCCGUAAACAGUUUUUGGUACUAAUUUUGAGAAUUUAAAGCAGAUUAUCUUUUAAACUUACACAGCUAAGGAACUGGUAUUUAAUCAAAGAGAAAAUGGUAUUAAACUUUUCAAAAUCUGAGUUAGACAAGAAUGCAACACAUAAUAGACUAGUAGAUCAGAGGAUAAUGGAGUAAAAAAGAUCCUUGCAAAUACUCAUUCUUUCUAAAAAUGUAAAGUUUUGUAUUUAAAUGAGUUUGUGAAAGAAUCGUCAGCCAAAUCCAUUUUAUAGACCAUUUGAGUGUAAUUCUUAAUAGGAUGGCACUCUUUUCAGAUUUUUUUUCUCUUUUUUUAAAAGCUAAAGACUUUGAUCUGACAAUCUGUUUCAGAAAAUCUCAGAAGAUCUGAUGCAUUUUUUACUUUUUACUCUUAAAGCAUUUUUUGGUCAUCAUUGUUUUAUUACCUGAAGUGCCAGAUUGGAACCUAUAGGUACUGCUGAAAGUCUUAAGGACAACAGCAUCACGUGAUGUAUUAAGAAUUAUAUGCAGCCAGGUUAUUUUCAAAGCACAGUACUAUAGCCAUUUUUGUGGACAGGAUUCUGUGAUAUGUUCCUUCUUGUCAAAAUAGAAGAUAAGAAAAAAAGGAGGGGUUUUUAUUCUUUACCUUGCUAGAGUACUGUUAAAUUUUUCCUUUAGGUCUUUUGUGUAAUUACUGAAAUACAUGAGUCAGUACACAUUAGAAUCAGAUUCAAAAACAAACUUUUACAAAUAAAUUUUUUCCAUUAAGUUGUAAUGGUUCUCUUUUUGUUUUCAUACAGUGGAUAAUCUUUUAAGGGUUUUUGUUUUUAAUCUAGGUGGGUUAUCAUUUUUAGAGAUGAUGGCAUAUCUCAUUAGAUAUGCAGUAUAAAGUUUACCUGAGUGAAUAAGGCAUCAAAUAGACCUACAUUUUGUACAUAUUUAUAAAAUAUACCUUAAAAACACUUUAAACAUUUUAUUUUAAAAAAUUUAAUUGUUAGACUCAAACUUGAAGACACUUACACUUCAACUAUCCAGAUAGUCCAUUUAGCUGAUAAUUUUGAUUUUUUUUUCGUUUUUAAAAAUUCUACCAUAUAGGUAAAAUUUUUAAGAAUUUUUUUUAAAAUAUUGUACAAAUACUUCAUAUACUUUAGUUCACUAUUUGCCAUUGUGCAAAAGAGGGUUUGUAUUUUCAAAGAUAAACUUAUUGCAUCUAAAUACAAUGAUGGGACAUUCAAGGCAGUGCUUAUCCAUGAAUCUCUCCUGUUCUACCAUAAUAAAGUCUGGUUGAUCACCUUUA